UUAGCCAACCUGACGCUAUAGUGGCAAAAAGAAGCACGCGCCAUACGAGUGCAAGUCUCUGGGUCGUCAUGGUACCUCUAGCACCACUGGGAGCUCUCUUUUUCGUAGUCCUUGCCACAGGGGAGGACUGUGUGUGGAACAAGGACGCUGACUUCCCUAUGGACCCACCCUUAAUCCUUGACGAUCAAUUAAAACUCGUGCUACCUGUGGAGAAAGAUUCAGUUCGAGAAGUCAGGAUUCCUUCAGGCAACAUCGUAAUCCUGGCUUGUCCUGGCACCGGGAACUAUUUGGAAGCGCUCGGAGAGGUGGUGGUCCAGACCAAGUGCGCUGGAGGAGUACAGCUCAACGUGACAGACAAUGAGAGCAAAGCCCUGCUUGAGCUCGGAUGCGCCAAGAAGAUCCGGUCUGCAAUUAAAAAAUAUCUUGGAAGCUGCGGUGCCGGAGACAUUGGGCAGCAGCAUAUUAUUGGGUUCCAGUUUGCCGAUAAAUUCUACGAGCAGGUCCUCGUUUGUUUCGACCACGAUAAGCAGACAACCCUCUACACAAGGCAUCUUAUUCAUGGAGCUAACAUCGGAGCUAAGGAUAAAGAUUCUUCAAGACCAUCCUUCAAAACUUCUUCAGGAUUUUUUAACGUGUCCAUGAGUAAUGUUUACACUCAGAAUUCACAACUAGAACUACUGAAGACCCUCUUGGGAAGUGAGACCCUUGCUAAUACGAUGUUUGACACAUCUAAAUAUUACUUCGCCAAAGGGCACCUUUCCCCUGACGCAGAUUUCGUGACAACAGUAGAACAAGACGCGACUUACUACUAUAUCAAUGCUGUGCCUCAGUGGCAGGCCUUCAACAAUGGUAACUGGAAGUAUCUUGAGUACGCCACAAGAGACUUGGCGGAGAAGAAGAAGCGUGACCUGCGAGUGUAUAGCGGCGGCUGGGGUGUAUUGAAACUGGACGAUAUCAACGGCAAUCCUGUGAAAGUGUUUCUGAAAGUGACUGAUGAAGAGCAAGUAGUACCUGCACCAGCAAUUACCUGGAAGGUGGUUCACGACGAGUACAGUAAUUGUGCAGUGGCCGUUGUUGGCGUCAAUAACCCCCACCUCACCAGCGCUCCUGCUACUCUCUGUGAAAACAUAUGUCCUUCUCUUCCCUGGAUCGAUUUUGACGUGAAUGAUAUGACAGCUGGGUACACAUACUGUUGCUCCGUAUCAGACCUGCGAGCUGCAGUCCCACAUAUUCCACAAAUCGGGAAUGCCUGCCUUCUGAAACUCGAAGAUCCCGGCUGCUAAGAUUUACAUACACCACCAAAUUUAGAGAAUAUGAAGCAAAGACAAUCGCAGUAUUUCAGAAUGGAGAGUUAAAUUUUUAAUUGUAUCAUGAUGUACUAGAAGUGUAGCGACAACAUAUUGAAGAACUUUAUGGUUAUGAUUGGUUUGAUUGGUAAUCUUAAAAAAAAAAAAAAUAAAUAAAUAAUAAUAAUAAU